GUUAAACCAAGGGAAAUGAGACAAGAAGAAGAAAGCUACAAAUAAGUUAUGAAGAUACUCCUCUAGGUAGGCUAAUGUUUCUUUGAUUCUGAAAUAUAUUCAAGAAAAGAAGAUGGAUUCAGGGCUAUCAUGGGCUGAUCAAUGGGAUACAAACCCUGACCCUCCACCGAGUUGUACAAAAGAAGAUGAAGGCAAAAAGAAAACAAAGAAGGACAAAGAUGGAAGCAGAAGAAUCUUUGGGAAAACCAUACUUGGAUUUAAAUGGAUGAAGGAUCUCCGCAAGAAACCUGAAAAGUGAUUAGUUAAUAACCAAAAUCACUGUUUCAUUGUAUCUAUAUCACUUUGAUUAUUGACAUUCUUGUGCAUUUAAUCGACUCUUCUUGCUCUUCUUCUUGAUUCAAUACCAAUGCAAACGAACAUAUGUAAACUGAUAAAUUAACCAAAAUCUUAAAUGGGUCAUGACAACCAAAACUUAA